CAAACCGCUGUCAUGUGAGUGGAUGUUGAGCAAAGUGCUUCCAAAUCGACAUGAACCUGCUCAGCUGUAGAAAAUAGUAAGCAGUUUAUCUCUCAUCGAUAGAAUCAAAUCAUCAAUUAUCUGACUCUAGCAAUUCCAUAAAGAAUGACGUCAGAACAGCCUCGACCUUCGGCCCCAUCGGCAUGGGUGCGGGAAAGUAAUCUGCUCUGGUAUCACCGGUGGAUCAUAAAGGUGCUGCGGGCCGGCCCAAUUCCGCAGCACGUAGCAUUUAUCAUGGACGGUAAUCGUCGCUUUGCACGCAAGGAGAACAUCGACAAGGCGGAGGGUCACGCAAAAGGUUUCGAUAAGUUGUCCGAGACGCUUCAGUGGUGUCACGAUAUUGGCAUUCGGGAAGUUACGGUGUAUGCUUUCAGUAUAGAGAAUUUCAAGCGAUCCCAGAAAGAGGUGGACACUCUGAUGAGUCUGGCGAGGGAUAAAUUUAGACGAUUACACGAAGAGCGUGACAAACUGCACGAGCGAGGGAUCUGCAUCAGGAUUAUAGGAAACAUGAGUCUGCUUCCGGUCGAUAUUCAGAAAAUAAUGGCUGAAGCUGUCCUGCUGACCAAAGAUAAUAAGAAGUCUUUUCUGAACGUGGCAUUCUCCUACACGUCCCGAGAUGAGAUAACACAUUCCAUCAGAACCGUCGCGGAGGGUGUUUUGGAAGGUAAACUCCAUGAGGAUGAUAUCGACGAAGAGGUGCUUAAUGGGUGCAUGUAUACGAGGGAUUGCUCCGAGCCGGACCUGUUGGUGCGGACAUCGGGCGAGGUUCGUUUGAGUGAUUUUCUUCUCUGGCAGUCAAGCUCGACUGUUAUUUACUUCACGAAGACACUCUGGCCAGAGUUCAAUAUUUGGCAACUGUUCAGUGCAGUUUUCUAUUAUCAGCGCUGCCACUGGCAGGUGAGUUCGAUUAGGAAUGCGUUGGAGGAAGUGAGUGAAGAAUUUGAGGAUGUUACUGCCGCAAAGAGUUCUAGCCAACGGAACAAGAAGGAUGAGCGUGUGAGAAAAUUUCUGAACGAUGUCGAACGGAAGGAUCGAGAAAAUCUUAUAAAACUUACUAGUGCAAUAACGUUGAAAUAAUAAACUAUAAAAAAAUG